AUGGUAGAGAAAUUGAAGCUCCCAGCCGUAGCACAUCCUUAUCCUUAUAAACUACAAUGGUUGAUGAAAGGAAAUGAAGUCAAGGUGUCCAAGCAUUAUUGUGUUCAAUUUUCCAUCGGGGAUAAGUAUCAAGAUGAAGUUUGGUGUGAUGUUGUUCCGAUGGAUGCUUGCCACUUAUUAUUGGGAUGCCCAUGGCAGUAUGAUCGUCAAGCUCUUCAUGUUGGAUACAAAAACAUGUAUUUUUUCAAAAAGGAUGGGGUAAGGGUAAUGUUGACCCUUAUGAGGCCAGAAAAUCGUUUGAAGAAACCAGAGGAGCCUGCGGCAUUCAUCACGAGAUUUGGUCUUGAGAAGGCUUGUCGGGAAAUAAACCAGGUGUGCUUGUUACUAUUGUGCCAAGAAAAUGAAGUGUCAUUUCUUGCCUUGCCAGAAGAAGUCAAGCACUUACUUCAAGAAUUUUCUGAUGUUGUGCCAGAUGAGAUACCUCCUAGGUUGCCACCAACACGAGAUAUUCAAUAUGCUAUUGAUUUCAUUCCUGGUUCUGUCAUUCCAAAUAAACCAGCAUACCGCAUGAACCCUAAAGAACAUGAGGAGCUACAACGCCAAGUUAAGCAACUUUUAGAGAAAGGCCUAGUAAGAGAAAGUGUCAGCCCGUGUGCAGUCCCUCCUUUACUAGUUCCAAAGAAAGACGGGACUUGGCGUAUGUGCAUUGAUAGUCGUGCUGUGAACAAGAUUAUUAUCAAGUAUCAUUUCCCUAUUCCUCGGUUUGAUGACUUGCUGGAUUAG